ACUCGCGAAGAACCAGCCUCUUGCCCAGGCGGCGAAGGCGAUAAUACCCGCCGCGGGCGCCGAGUGCGCGCAGAGCUGCCAUGAGACGCGGCGCCGCGCGGACCCUGCUGCUCAACAUGUACCUGCCAGACCCAGUUGGGGAGACUCUGUUCAAAGAAGGCAAAAACCAGACGUGGGGCUCGCUGGGGCCCGGAGUGCAAAAAGGCAGUGGGCAAAUCCAGCUGUGGCAGUUCCUGCUGGAGCUGCUUUCGGACCGUGCCAACCUCAACUGCAUUGCAUGGGAGGGCACCAAUGGCGAGUUCAAGCUCCUUGACCCCGACGAGGUGGCACGGCGCUGGGGCGAGCGCAAGAGCAAGCCCAACAUGAACUAUGACAAGCUGAGCAGGGCGCUGCGCUACUACUACGACAAGAACAUCAUGACCAAGGUGCAUGGCAAGCGCUAUGCCUACAAGUUUGACUUCCAGGGCUUGGCCCAGGUCUGCCAGCCAGCCACGCCUGACCAUACCCUCUACAAGUUCCAGGCCCCCCUGCCCUUCUCUGGCAUCUCCAAGCUCAACAUCAUGGCCUCAGGGGUGACCCCAACCAGCUUCUCCUAUUGGCCAGGCUCUACCCCCACCCUGUACCCCAGCCACGGCCUGCAGCCUACUGCGCCCUUCAGUGCCAUGGCCACCUCCCACAUCAACAACAUGAACAGCCACUACCACUAGACCGAGUGGCUGCAGGGCAUGGGGAGGGCCAAAGGGGAGGGGAGGGUCGGCCCUCAUAUUUCACCCUGGGACACUUCCAUUUGACCAAGAAGACAUUGUGUGUAGCGGGUAGGGGUGUUUUAUGGAGAAGGGUUGGAUCUCAGUCAGUGGCAGCCGAGGAGCCAGAUGACUGAGCAGCUUUUCUAGGCUGAGGAGGUACCUCCCCACUGGGAAUACAGAGCCCUUAAUUUCAUAAGGAACAUUUCAGCCAUGCCCCCAAUUUCUCCAUUUCGGGGGGGAAAACCCCCCCAGACCAAAACCUCACUCUCAUUGUAUUGGAAUGGCUUCAGAACUCUCUUCAACUUGCUACUCUUGGGAUUCCAGUCAUGCAUGAGUGCUGAGACGUGGGGGAGAUCAACAAGACUCAGCCUACACCCUAAGGAGUUGAUGAUGGAGGUCCAACCUAGGGCAAUGAGGCUGGUGAGGAUGGGGCACUUGAAAGUUAGACUUCCAAGUUGGGAUAAAAUGGGCAAAGAAUUCUAUCAAGCACACACCACAGCAAAGUUUUUAAGUAAUUCAAAGCCAGGGCUAUACUGAAUAUUCUUCACUUCCAAUUUUCAGGUUACAACUGGGAGUCUAAUGGGGUGGACAUUUCUCUUCCCCCCAUACAUAGACUGUGAGAAUAUUUAUCCUUUUUUCAAUCUUGCUGGACACCAUUAUUUUCCAAGCUGCUGAUUCUUUGAUGCCAUCCCAUUCCUAGCUUCCACUCCACCUCUGACUGCAGUGAUUUAGGACUUCUUGGAUUAGUCACAUGGAUAAUCCCACCCAAUCAGGGAUCAUGAAAUAGCACAUUGGAUGUCAUUCCAUAGCCAGUCAGCUCAGGCUGUGUGAGGAUGUCAUGAGGGCAGCUGAAACAAAUAGAGGGACACUUUGACAAGGAUCACUUAAUAAAAGGUCUAAAAAGGGAAGCAUUUAUUUUUAUUUUUAUUUUUGCCAGCUGAGAAAGUUAGCAGUGAGUCAUUUUGGCUCAGCCCUAAUCAAAUCAUAUGUCUGCAGAUACUAAUCUCCAGCAAUGAAGGUGGUCUCCUGACUUCCGAUACUGAAAAUGGUGUAACACUCGGUCUCAAGGCUUGCAGAAAGUUCCACUUUUACCAGUAUUGACACAAGAGCCUCCGAGCUUUUACAAGCUUGUACCUAUCUGAGUUUGAGUUCUUGGAUCUCAGAAACAAGUCUAGGUACCAAGCAACCUCCUUGGAGCUAGGAAGAGUGAGAGGCAUCACCUAGCUCCCUCCCAGGCCCUUUUGCCUGCUUCCCUGUGAGCACUCACCUGAGAUCUUCCAGGAGGAACAGCACCGAAGCCCAGAUGUAGAUUCAAAUACCGACAAUUCCAUUUUAAAAUAAUAUGGUGGGCUCAAGCGUGAGAGAAGGUGGGUAGAAGAAAUAUAAUUGUCAUUGAAAUCCCAUCUUUAUCUACUGUAACUACAAUAUAUAAAGCCACGUUCUAUGACUUUGAACAAACAGUGCUCUUGGAGUUGGGGGAGGCACUGUGGCCGGAGAAGCAUGAACACGGCUGUGUGUGGUCCCAGCCAACGGCCUGAGAUAGAAGCUAGAUGUUCCCAAUUAUAAACUGUGUUUCCUCCCUACACGUGAGGCUUAAAGUGGCUUUUGCAUAAAUCAGCUUUGUAAAGUAAGAGUAAAACCUGCUAGAAUGUUCAUGUCCAUUACAAAUACCUCUCCUCUGCUCACUCUUUCACUCCCCAAAGCACCCAGAAUUCCAAAUGUGUUUUAAGUUCUAGGUGUGCAAGUGCCUGUAUUUUGGUGUCCAUACGAGGCAUUACAGCAUCUGAAGCUUACAUGAAGAUGUCCCCGGCUUUGCACUGAAACUCAUUUUUAGUAACCUACAAAGAUGAAGAUCGGAGCCAAGAAAAUGCUACCCCUUCUAGAAAGAGCCAUGCUCGAUGUGUGCUUCAGCAGGCUUCAUGGCAAAGGCAAGGCAAGGCAUUCUUUUAUCUGGAAAUUGCUUUUAUCCACUGGCUCUGGAUGUUACCCUUUCCUUGCCUUCAUGACAUCAUCUCCUUUUGUCCCCUUCUCAGGGUGAUAGAAAUCCAAAAACCCAGAGCCUUUCCCUUGCCACAAGAAAUGGGGCAUGACUUCAG